CUCCGCCAAUCAGAGAGCUCCAGGUAGAAUCAUGGCGGCUCCCAGCGGCUGGAGGAGGACUGCGGCGCUCCUGCUUGUUUCGGUCAGCGUUGUCUCGCUGUUUGUUGCGGUGGCGGACUGUGCGGACACCAAGCCUAAGAAGAAGAAAGAUAUUCGGGAUUAUAAUGACGCGGACAUGGCCAGACUGCUGGAGGAGUGGGAGAAGGACGACGAGAUUGAGGAGGGCGAUCUGCCGGAGCACAAAAGAUCCCCGCCUCCUAUUGACUUCUCUAAAGUCGACCCGUCCAAACCCGAGGAGCUCCUGAAGAUGUCCAAGAAGGGGAAGACCUUGAUGGUGUUUGCAUCCGUGUCUGGAAAUCCUACAGAGAAGGAGACGGAGGAGAUUACCAGCCUGUGGCAGGGAAGCCUCUUCAACGCCAACUUCGAUGUUCAGAGGUUUGUGGUGGGCUCCAACCGCGUCAUCUUCAUGCUGCGCGAUGGCAGUUACGCAUGGGAGAUUAAAGACUUUCUUAUCAACCAGGACCGCUGCGAGGACGUCACUGUGGAGGGACAGGUGUAUCCUGGGAAAGCGGCCAAGAAGGACAGCAAGGGGAAAGAACAGAAUGACACCAAGAAGAAGAAAGACAAGAAAGCAGCCAACCGAGCAAAUAAAAGCAAACAGGAGCUGUAAAACACCUGACUUUAGCGAGGUUUCUGGAGCAGGAGCUGGAGAGGGGCAGGAGGAGGCCCUAAUCAAAGACUACAUGGAGAGAAGACGUAUCCAGCCAAGGUAUUUGACACUAACUUCAAAGGUUUAGUGUCUUGUUUUGACUGUAGUAUGAGCCACUGAUACCAGGGUGCUGCUUUAUGAGUCCUUUUCUUUGGUUCCAGAAGGUGCUUGCUUCAAAAUCUUGGAAUGGAGUAGUCCGGUUACUCUUCAGUCGUCUUAUUUUUGUUCCACAAUUGCCAAUCCUCACUCAAACGUUACACGGUUUGAUUCAUUAAAAAAAAAUCUGUAAAAUCAAAGUUUCUUUGAUACUGUGCUCACGUAAAUGGUACGUAGUCAAUCAAAAUUAAGGAAAUUACCAUCUUUUUCUUUUCUUUUUUUUUUUUAACACAAAAUAUCACUCAACUUGCAACUGUAAAAUGUUUCAU